AUGUUCAAUGGCUGCCAUGCCUGGUUUUCUCAAAGUGUCAGUCAAGAGCUUUGCGGCUUUUGGGUUGCUGAAGGAGGAGUAAUCACAGACAAGGAUGUUGCUGAUUACCUGUUCAGCAGCGAUGCUUCCCACCCUGAUACAAAAAGAGUCCACCAGAGCAUAGAUUAUCUAGAAGACAGAAUCACAGUUUUUCAUUCCGAUUAUCUCACUGCAAGUGCCAACUCCCAAAUAAAAAACACCGUGCCCUUAGGACAUUUCCUCCUUCCACCAGCGUGCUUGCAACAAGAAAUUAGAGAAAAAAUUGGUAGCUUUAUAUGGGAGCAGAUAACCAACACUCUGAAGCAGCAGCCAUGGAAAUGGUCAGAAAGCAUGAGAAAGGUGCUGGAGGUUGAUGAAGUCAUAGAAGACAUUCAAGCCCCGGCAACAUUAGAAAUAGGGAAAUUGGCAUACAUUCCACUUCAGGAUUAUCCUGCAAGUAACAUGGUGACAGGUUAUCCUUCUGCUAAAGAGAUGAAGAAAUUCCUUGGUGAGAUACGGGAUUUCAUCCCUGGCUGUUCUGGUUACUUGGCAUACUGGAUUCCAAAUGAAACAAAUACGAUUUCUGAUGUAAAAACAAAAUUAAAACGGAAGUUAUAA